UAGCUUGCUACAGUAGAACGCUAUAAACACACGACACUACGGCUAAUAUCGAUCACUUAUCACAUAUGCAUAAAGUAGAAUGAAGAAUGAUAAAUAAAAUUAUUUGCGAGUUUUAUUAUUCUUUUCUCUAUUUUCUAAGUGAUCCCGUUACCUGAGCUACAUCUAACUAUAAAUCGAACAUCUUCCUAGAAGAAGAAGAAGAAGAAGAAGAAGGAAAAUAAGAAGACCAUAUAUAAAUCCAAAAUACGAAUUUCAUUAAAAAAGGAAGCCCAUUCAAUAUAACCCUAAGCCUAAAGAUUGGUUAACCAAAAGCAUUGAUAACAAACACCACCUUCUUUAUGCUUUUCCCCCUUUUUUUAAGUAAAAAAGCAAAAACGUAGAGCCGAUUUUAGUAAAUACAAAUGCCAAAACGCAUUUCUGAUAAUUAACCAACUGCUCCACGAGAGCCAUGAGAGUCUCUUAAAUACGUAACCGCUCCUAACUCGCUUUAUCCACCCUUAUCAUUACCCCUAUUUCUUAUACUUUUCUCGAGAAAAAAUGGGAUAAUGGAGUAGAGCAUAGUGGCGUCUAAAUGUAUACAUACAAGCACAUACUCUCACACAUGCAUGUAUAUAUAUAUAUGCCUCGAAGAAGACUUCAACUAAUUUCGUUUCUUGAAAUGGGUUUGAAGUUCAAAAUCAACCGCAGAUUCUGAGGAGUUCAUUGCAAACAGUUGAAACUCAAGAUCCACAGCCUACUGACUGGCCUUUAUCAAGAAUUAAGAUAAAAGAAAACGAAUGGUACGUGGAUCGAGAUGAGGAGGGAGGGGAACUUCCUCGGCAAGCUUUUCCGGCACCUUUUCUACAUUCACUUGCUUCUAAUCACUAUCCUAGUGAUAUUCCUCACGGUGUGUGGCGUGCUAACAGCUGCCCGCAACCGUCAUUUCCAUCCUGAGAAGUGGUACAUACUAGUCCUCUCUUCAACAGCUUGCGCCGGAGUCUUAGGAUUCUCAUGGCAAGCAUUGACAGGUUUCAACCCUUCAAGAACUCUCAAGGCUACAUUCUGGCUAAGCCCUCUUCUUACAUGCUCGUUUGGGAUUCUACUCGUCUCUAUAGGCACUCCAGGGAGUCUAGCAGCAUCAGUAAUUGCACUAAUUUUCUCCAUAUUGCAAUCCUUGUAUGCAUGCUGGGUUAAUCCUAGGUUUGAGCAUUCUAGCAGAAUACUAAAAGCAUCUAUUGCAUAUAAUCCGCUUAAAGUCAAGACUAGUGUAGUUCUAUCAAUCAUUGCCAGCACUCUCUACUCAUGUAUCUUGAUGGCCGGCAUUGGAGGAGCCGCUGCGACCAGAACCAUGGUCGACACCCUAUUCAUUAUCCUGAUCCUAGGAAGCUUGACAUGGACCACACAAAUCAUCAAGAAUAUGAUGCAAGUCACAGUAGCACACAUCAAAUACAUGCAAUUCACAUGUGGAAUAGAAGUUGAUUUCAAGGCAGUAGUGAAAACUGCAGCUAAAUAUUCAAUGGGCAAUAUUUGCUUCGGCUCAAUUCUCAUACCAGUUCUUACUGUUAUUCGUGGUUCAGCUCGAGCAGUGAGUUUGGUUUCAGGGGAUGUUGAUGAGUUCAUGUUCUCAUGUGCAAACUGCUGUUCCGGAGUUGCAUCAAGGAUUGUGGCAUAUGGAAACAGAUGGGCUCUUGUGCAUGUAGGGGUAUACAACAAAGGGAUUGUGCAGGCAUCAAUGGAUACAUGGGAAAUGUUUAAAAGAGCUGGGAUGGAAAAGUUGAUCGAUUCUGACCUGACUAGUUCGUUCUGCUUCCUAUCUGGGGUGGCGGCAGGAUCCGUCUGUGCACUACUGGGAGGUACUUGGGCACUUGUUAUUCACAAGAACUAUGCAACAGAAGUGUGCAUCUACGCCUUCUUGACUGGAUAUCUCACAAAUAGGGUGGCCAUGGCAUGGGUACAAGCCAGCAUAAUGGCGUAUUACGUAGCAUAUGCAGAGAAUCCCCAAAGCCAGCAAUUUGGCACUGCCAUCCCAGCUUAUAUGCAGGAGCUACAAAGAUCACAAGUGUAAAGUCACAAGAAAUUUUCUCCUUAUAGUCCAAGUACAAUGGAUUCUUCGUGCCUAUUUCUAGACAGUGUGCAUAAAUAGUUAGAGAACUUUCCAAUAUUCAAAUGCUAGACCUUAGAGCAAAACAUGCCAUGAGCUGCUGUACCCUACUACGUACCCUUUAUUACGACAAUGUUGGUAAACAAAGAUUUUACUUAGUCUAGAAUUUUCAAUUAGUGUUGGCAUAAGGUGUUGCACAGUUUUCCUC